GGGGUCUGAGUGGCCCUGGCCCGGGACCCCCACCCCGAAGAUCCCAGGUGCCCGGGGGGGACAGAGGCAGGGCCCAGCCAUGCAGCCGCGCCCCUGGAGCUGGCGCGCCCCCCGCCCUCAUGAAUGUGAAUGAGGGUCCAUGAACAUGAAUGAGCCGGGUUGCGGGGGGAGGAGAGACGGGGCUGGCGACACUCUCCCCGCCCGCCUCGUCUCUAUGGUCCGAGCCCGGAAGAGCGCGGCGGCCGCUUCCGGUUCAGGGCGGGCGGGCGCCCCCCACCGGGGCGGGCGAUGGCGGCGCGGCUGGGCAGGAAGCGGCCGGUGCCGGCGCGGCCCAACGCGGCGCUGGAGCGCUGCCUGCGGGCGUGGCGGGACGAGGCGGCGGCGCGGGGCAGCAAGGCGCGCUUCGCUUACGAGCGGGCGCUGGUGUCGCUGCGCCGCUACCCCCUGCCCCUGCGCAGCGGCCGGGAGGCCUCGAUCCUGCAGCACUUCGGGCCCGGGCUCUGCCGCCGCCUCGACCAGCACCUGCGCGGUGAGGACGCCCCCAUGGAGGCCGCGGAGGGCCCCGCCCCCCCUCCCGUCCCGGAGCCGCAGGGCCCCGCCCCCCCCACCAGUGCUGGGGACCCCCCGCCGCCCCCCCCGCAGAAGCGGCCACGCGCCCCCCGGGGGUACCUCCCGGGCCCCCGCUCCGGGGGACAUGCCUUGCUGCUGGCGCUGUACAAGGAGAGGCAGACCCCGGGCGGGCGCGGGGCCCUGACGAAGGCGGAGCUGCAGCGGGCGGCCCAGCCGCUGUGCGACCAGCCCUUGGCUCCGACCGGGGGCCGGAGUGGGGCUUGGGCAACUGUGAGCACCCUCAUCCGCCGCAACCUCGUCCUCAAGGCUGGUGUGCCACCCAGGUACUCACUGACCCCCCAGGGGCUGGAGCUGGCCCAGAGGCUGGUGGGGGGCCCUGAGACCCAGACCCCCCUGGACUCCGAGGAUGAGGAGGAGAACCAACCCCCAGAGCCCGUCUGCCUGACGGAGGCCCCAGGGGAGCCGGCCCCCGAGAUCAUCCUGCGCCCUGGGGAGUUUGACAUUGUCCUCUGCGUGGACUUUAUUGAGACUACGGGGCCAGCAGGGGGCCGGAAACAGGCACUACUGGAAGCGCUGGUGCGGGGUGCAGUGCCCUACGAUGUGCGCAAGCUCCACGUAGCUGAUUUCGUCUGGGUCGCCCGGGAGCGCCAGCCCCAUGGCGUGGGGCCCCUCCGGGAGCUGGUCCUGGACUACGCGGUAGAGCGUAAGCGCAUGGCCGACCUCUGUAGCAGCAUCAUGGACGGGCGCUUCCGGGAGCAGAAGUUCCGGCUGCGGCGCUGUGGCCUGCGCUGCCCCAUCUACCUGGUGGAGGAGGCCGGUGCCGCCACCCAGUGUCUGCCAGAGAGCUCCCUGCGUCAGGCAGCCGUCAGCACCCAGGUGGUGGACGGGUUCUUCGUGAAGUACACCCAGGACCUGCGGGAGACAGCAGCCUAUCUCACCCUGCUCACGCGGCACCUGGCCCGGCUAUAUGGGCCCAAGACUCUGGUGAGCCGGAGGGAAGAAGCUGCCCCAGGCCCCCCGCCGCCACCCCUCACGGAUCCCAUCGCUCUCCUGCCCUUUACUAGCUUCAACCAGAUGGCUGCCAAGAACCAGGCACAGACGGUGCAGGGGGUCUUCGCCCGGCAGCUGAUGCAGAUCAGCGGGGUCAGUGGGGAGCGUGCAGCCGCCAUCCUCCAGCGCUACCCAACCCCCACCAGCCUCCGUGAGGCCUACGCCACCUGCCCCGACACCCGAAGCCGUGAGCAGCUGCUGAGUGGCAUCAAGUGUGGGAAGCUGAAGAGGAACCUGGGCCCCGCGCUGAGCCGCACCCUGAGUCAGCUCUACUGCACCCCGGGGCCCCUCCCUUGAUCUGGCCCUGCCCCCACGCCACCUGGGUCCUUCUGCAAAUUUUAAUGCAUCUUUUGUACCAAUAAAGACCUUUUUCUACCA